GACCCACUGCCAUGUCUGUGCAUCUGCAAUGGAUGGUCAUUCAGAACUGCUCCAGUUUCCUAAUCAAGAGGAAUAAGGAGACGUACAGCACUAAACCCAAUAAUCUGAAGGCCCACAACUCCUUCCCCAACAAUGGGCUGAUUCACCACAAGACUGUGGGAGUGGAGCCCAUGGCUGAUAGCAAAGGGGUUGUGGUGGUCAUGAAACACAGAUUGGGUCAGUGAAAACCAGCCACUUCUUAUGUGAGGACCACUAUUAACAAGAAUGCAUGGGCCACUCUCAGCAGAAUCAGUCACGUGAUCUGAUAGAACAAGAACCCCCGGAUCUGCACACAGUGGCCAUCCACAGGGCCAGUGCCAUCUUGUGAAGCCAGAAGCCUGUGGUGGUGAAGAGGAAACAGACCCAUCCCACCAAGAGCUCCUGAAUAAAGA